AUGCACAACUUCCACCCUAAUCGCACCCUUCCCAGCUACAUCCAGCUCACCGUAACCUAUUUUCCGUGUACUCUCGAUCUUUCCCCCAUUCAAACUCCCACUCUUCCCAAAAUCACUCCAAACCUUGAAAACAUAAACUACACAACCCUGCGUUUCCACCAUGCUUUCAUUACACUCCCCCCACCUACUACACUCCCCCCUCAAAAUUACACACUCCCCCCUCCAAGUUGCACACCCUACUUAGCCGCCGAGGUCCCUCCUCCCUCGAGUCCGCCACAAAAACGUCAUUCCUUCCCCUUUCUUUUCUCCCGGCUUCCCCUUACGUCAGCACGCCGUCGCCCUCGCCGCCGCCCGCCGCUGCCGCUUCCUCUUUCCCGGCUUCCCCCGGCUUCCCCCGGCUUCCGCGGCCCCGCCGGAAGCUCGCCCAAUUUUCCCUCUCCAAAAAAAAAAAAAAAAAAAUCUCUCCCAAACAAACCUUUACACAACCCAAUCUUUUUUUUCUUUCACUUUCUCACUCUACUUCUCUAA